AGCGGAGGAGGGGGAGGAAGGGUUUUGGAAUUAGGCCGCCGUUGCGUUGCGUUGCGUUGCGUGGGAGAGAGCAAAGCGAACCCAAGCCGAACCCGAAGCUACCACCACCACCAGCCGCCGCCGCAACGCCGGGCCGCGCCUCGUCUCGUCUCGUCUCCCUGUUCCCUAGUACGAGGGGUUUCCCGGCGAGGAGGGGAUCCCGGCAGCGAGGAUGAGCGGCGGGGGAACCGUAGGGAAAGGGGCGGCGGCGCCCGUCCCAGCCGCUUCGAGGAAGCUGGUGCAGAGCCUGAAGGAGAUCGUGAACCGCCCCGAGGCGGAGAUCUACGCCGCGCUGCGCGAGUGCGGCAUGGACCCCGACGAGGCGGUCAGCCGCCUCCUCUCCCAAGAUACUUUUCAAGAGGUAAAGAGCAAGCGCGACAAGAAAAAGGAGAUUAAAGAGAUUCCCGAACCAAGAUCUCGAUCAGCAAAUAAUUCUACAAGUCGAGGCGCUAGAGGUGGUGCGGAUCGUGGUGCACGGAACAGUUCUGUACACUCGAGCUCCAUUGAUAAUGCGGCCUCAAAAUCAUCAGUCUCGGGACCUGGUAUGCCAUCUACUAAUUCCAAUCAGAAGCAAACAAUUCCAAGUUCCUCUGCAAACAAACAUAUUGCUGAUGGACCAGCAGUACCAUUGCAAUCAUCAUCUGGGUUUCAGCAAGGUUGGUCUGGGACGCCAGGUCAGUUGUCGAUGGCUGAUAUUGUGAAAAUGGGUAGGCCUCAGGCAAAGCAUUCUAGCAAACCUGUGGUUACAGCUGACAGAGGAUAUGCUGGACAGUACCCAUCUUUGCCAAACACCUUAAGCCAGAAUCCGAAACAAUCUGCCAGCACAGCUUCGCCAACAGAGCUUGACCAGGGAUUACCUCCUGUCCAAGAUUCUGUUCAGGUUAAGAAUUACAGUCAUUCUGCCGCUGACAACAAGCACACAUAUGGGAAUGACUGGUCCUCACAAGACGAGCCACCAUCAGUGAAUCAAUCCUCCUUCCCUGAGACGUCUGGUGACCCAUAUGAGGCAUUGUUACAGUCAUCUACGCUGGUUGAUUGUGUGGUUCACUCACAUGAAAAUUCACAUUUAGAUGAAAAUGACACUUCGGCAGUGAGACCAGUAACUGCUUCUGAGAGACACUUGGAACAUGAUAAAGGUAAUUCUGAAUAUAAUGAUGGAUUAUUGAAGAACUCGAGUUCCUACCAGCCUCAGCAGUUUUCUUACACAGAGGGUGAAGUUGAGGAUUCCAAUGCUGAUGUAUCAGCAGCAGCAGCAAACUUCCAGAGUCUAAGCCUACAUAAUGAAGAGUUAGCUGCAAAUAAUUUUGCCGAAGAUAACCCUGCAGUGAUAAUUCCUGAUCAUUUGCAAGUUACAAACACAGAAUGUGCUAGUUUGAGCUUUGGCAGUUUUGAGUCCGGUGCAUUUUCGGGUUUCCUCCCACAAAAGACCACUGAUAGCAAUGCGGAGUUGCCUGUUGGGGGGGAAUCUGCACCAGUAGAUCAAAUAGAUGCAAGGAAUCAAGAUUACUAUGACACUGGUGCUGUGAAUUCAUCAGCAAACGAGAACCUUGAGGCCCUUAUGGGAGCUACCAUGGAGAAUGUUGAUGCACCUUCUGUCUCACAGGCUGAUGUGCUGAGGCAGGAAGUACUUGAUCCAUCUGGUCUUCAGUAUGACCUGUCAUCCGCAUCAAGUCAUGCAUAUUCGAACACGAACACAUCACAGCCAAGCGCAAUGGAGGACCCACAAGGAAACAACCAAGCACACACUCUUUCCCAUCUAUCAAACUUGAUGCAAGCAAAUCCGUUGAGCACUAGCCUAUUGGGGUCCAAUCAAUCAACUCUUCAUGACUUAGAAUUUUCUCUACCACCUUAUCUGGCAGCAAAAUAUAACACUGGUUCAACUACUAAUCCUAGACCGGCCAUCUCCAUGCAGGAGGCUCUGAAAACAGGAGUUUUCUCCAACACUCAGUCCACACAGAAUCUUCCAAAUACAAGCAUUGCGACAGGGCCUCCUCUCCCUCAGCAAUUAGCUGCUCACCCUUACUCUCAGCCAACUGUACCUCUUACACCUUUUGCAAACAUAAUUGGCUAUCCAUAUUUGGCUCAAAACUAUGCUGCUUACCUACCAUCAGCUGCAUUCCAGCAAGCAUACCCAAGUAAUGGGCCGUUCCAUCAGUCUGCUGCUGCUGUGCCUGGAUCUGGUAUGAAGUACUCGAUACCAGAGUACAAGAACAACCUGUCUGCUACAGGCUUACAACAACAACCUUCGUCAGUCAUGUCUGGUUAUGGAGGCUUUGGAAGCUCUAGUAAUCUUCCAGCAAAUUUCACCCUUAACCAGAGUACUGGCUCUGCAUCAACACCUCUUGGGUUUGAUGAAGCGUUGAGCAGACAAUACAAAGAUACCAGUCAAUACAUGGCCCUACAGCAGGGCGACAACUCUGCAAUGUGGCUUCAUGGCUCGGGGUCAAGAGCAGCGUCAGCACUUCCGCCUAGCCACUUCUAUGGUUACCAGGGACAGAGUCAGCAGGGUGGCUUUCGCCAGGCGCAGCAGCCACAACCCUCCCAAUUUGGAGGUCAUGGGUACCCAACUUUCUACAGCUCUCAGGGUGGUCUUACGCAGGAGCACCCCCAGAACUUGGCUGAUGGCAGCCUGAACGGCUUCCAGACCGCGCCAUCGCAGCCGUCUCACCCGAGCUGGCAGCACCAGAACACCUACUGAGCCCUGUACCCCUGUUAUAGUGGCUUCUUCACUGUUGCGAGACAAGUUUCGCGUGCCCGUAUCCUAACUCGAUGUGGAGUAAGCAGUUCGGACUGGCUGAGCUUGUGUUCGAGCGCUGUGGGGGUCCGGGCAUACAACAGUUCUAGAGAGCGUUUUAACAUGUUGCGUGUGUUGCCAGACUCAUGGAUUGUGAUUUCUUUCUAUAGUGAGCUCUAUGUCCGUAGGUGCAGACCUGUAAAACUGAGACAUAAUCACCUAACAAGGAAUCGCUUCUGAUUUCC